UACAUAUGUCGGUAUCACCAACGUAGUGGAGUUUUUCGUGAGUUUAAUAACUUUUAUAAAAAUGUAAUUGUGUUACAUACAUUAACUACAAGAAAUUAAAUAUACCAUCUAAUCUCUAUAAAGAAUAUCAACCGAGUUGAAAGAACUAAAUCAUGUUGGAACUACCUCGUAUAACGAGAGCUCUCAGGGCGCACACGCAGCUAGACAAACCGCGCUGUUUGAAACCUUCUGACUUGCAGAACUUCAAUCAGACAGUCCAACAAAAAAGUCAGCAAAAUUACAAAAGUUAUGCAGACAUCUACAACUAUGUGAGGGAAAAUGAGCUGAGCACUGUCCUAAAAUAUCUGGAUGAACUAAAGGAGUCAUGCAAACUACUCACUGGGGAUCAACCAGAUGAGAUUAUCGAAGAUGCUGCAGUUCUCACACUUAGGAUGUUUAUAGACCAUGAUAUUGUUAUGUUAAAACAUCUUUCACAACUUAGACAAAUGUUUGGUACAGUUGUCUCUUCUACGGCUAACAAAAUUUGUCAGAUAGUUACAAACAUAUCAAGCAAUAUAAAAGAAGACACUAAAGAAUAUAUCAAGAAAGAAAUAAAUGAUUCUAAUAAAGAGAACAUAAAAAUGUGGGGUGAUCAUAUACAAUGUCACUAUGUGCCAUAUAAACCUGCUAAAAAGCCACUACCUAAGCUUACAAAGAAACCAGCUGUUUCCAGUACAUUUGUUUCUGAUUUUUCAAUGAAAUACAUCAAUGAUAGUGUUCGAAGGGAGAGCAGAAAUGUUGAAAAGCCGCCAGUGUCUAAAUUUGGUAAAACCUGGCUGGAAACAAAAGUGCAAGGGCUAUACAAUAAUGAUGGUGGAAUGUCAAGUGCAGAUAUACUGCAGUCUAUAAUCACUUUAUUGAACUCUCCGAGAAGCAAUGAUGAUAUGCAGAAUGAUCUCUUCGAGUUGCUGGGUUUUGACAAAUUUGAAUUCAUUCAGGAGAUAUUGGAACAUAGACAGGAAAUUAUUGAUAGUUUAAAGGCACCUCCUGUGCAACCAACAAUAUCGGAAAUUGCUGCCUUGCUACCAGAAAAUAAAAUGCCUCAAUACUUGUGCCAAGUAUCAGUGCUGUCUGAACAAGAGAAGAUGCUAGCAAAGCUUGUUAGGAAAGAAGAGAAGAAAGCUAAGAAUGUUAAGAAAGUAGACGAUGACGAAGAAGAACAUGAGAUUAAUAUUGCACAAUUAAGAGCUAAAAGAAUAACAGAGCUUUCGAAACCAGUGGUACCAUUUUCAACGACAAAAAGUAAAAUAGAUCCAAUAUUGCAGAAAAUAUCAUACUUUCAGACAAAAGUUCAAUAUCCAAAUGUUUACGAUUCUUCAAUCGAUGCCAAGAAUUCAGCUGGUUUUGUAUCGGGCAUGAAACUUAUGCUACCUGAAAAUGCCAUAAGAAAAGACAUAAAGGAGUAUGAAGAAGUGAUUAUACCUAAAAAUGAACCGGCGCCUUUGCAGAUUGGUAACAAACGUGUACCGAUAUCGGAAUUAGAUGAGAUAGGUCAAAUGGCGUUUGAAAACAUAAAAGAGUUGAACCGUAUCCAGUCGGUGGUGUUCCAAACAGCGUACAAUACCAACGAGAACAUGUUGAUCUGUGCACCGACUGGCGCAGGCAAGACUAACAUCGCACUGCUCGCUGUACUGCAUCAGAUCAGACUUCACAUCGAGAAUGAUGUUAUUAUGAAGAAUAAGUUUAAAAUAAUUUAUAUCGCGCCAAUGAAAGCGCUGGCUUCAGAAAUGACGGCCAGUUUCGGCCGACGUCUGCGCGCGCUCGGCGUCGCCGUCAAAGAGCUCACCGGCGACAUGAAACUCACCAAAACUGAAGUACAGCAAACUCAGAUGAUUGUUACCACACCUGAAAAAUGGGAUGUCGUUACAAGGAAGGGAGCAACCGACACUGAACUAGCGUCUAUAGUAAAAUUACUAAUAAUAGACGAGGUACAUUUACUGCACGGGGACAGGGGACCCAUAGUGGAGGCGAUAGUCGCGCGCACGCUGCGCCAAGUGGAAUCCACACAAAACAUGAUCAGGAUUGUCGGUCUGUCCGCCACACUGCCUAAUUACGUAGAUGUUGCCAGAUUCUUACGCGUUAAUCCAAACAUAGGACUAUUCUUCUUCGACUCCCGGUUCCGUCCUGUACCAUUGGAACAACAGUUUAUUGGCGUUAAAGAGGUCGGCAGCGGCGGCGGCUCGCAUCUUAGACAGAUGCAAACAAUGAACGAAAUAUGCUACGACAAAGCGGUAGAUAUGGUACAAAAGGGCCAUCAAGUUAUGGUGUUCGUACACGCUCGUAACGCGACGCACCAAACUGCGAUGGUAUUAAAAGAAAUCGCACAGAAAAAGGGCCAUUUGAAACACUUCGAGCCAGAAGAUACUGGUGGUUUCUUAAAAGCUAAGAAAUCUAUUAGUAGCAGUCCCAAUAAACAAUUAGGUGAAUUGUUCGCUGCAGGCUUCGCUUGUCACCAUGCUGGUAUGUUGAGGAGUGACAGGAACAUGGUUGAGAAGUAUUUCGCGGAGGGCUAUAUUAAAGUAUUGGUGUGUACGUCGACACUUGCCUGGGGCGUUAACUUGCCCGCACACGCUGUUAUAAUAAGGGGUACAGAAAUCUACGACCAGAACCACGGUACGUUCAUGGAUCUAAGUAUACUGGAUGUGCUACAAAUCUUCGGUCGCGCGGGCCGGCCGCAGUUCGACAAGUCGGGCACCGGUAUCAUCAUCACGACGCACGACAAACUCACGCACUACUUGAAGUCUAUGACCAAUCAGUUCCCGAUAGAGAGUAACUUCAUUAAUCUGUUGGCUGAUAACUUGAAUGCAGAGGUUGCUCUCGGCACAGUGACAAAUAUCGACGAAGCGGUGGAAUGGUUGAGUUACACGUAUUUGUUUGUUCGAAUGAGAAUUAAUCCACAAGUGUAUGGUCUGACAUACAGUGAUGUGCAAGAGGAGCCGAUGUUGGAGACGAAGCGUCGCGAGCUGAUUACAUCAGCCGCCAUGCAGCUCGACCGCACACUCAUGCUGCGCUACAACGAACGUACCGGAGAUCUUAAUAUUACUGACCUGGGCCGCACCGCCAGCCACUACUACAUUACUUGCGAGACCAUGGAGGUGUUCAACUCUAUGGUGCGCAAGUCUAUGACACAAGGCUACGUUAUUGAAAUGCUCACACGUUGCUCGGACUUCCAACAGCUAAAGGUCAGAAAAGAAGAAUUAACAGAGCUAUGGAACCUCAAAGACCAGUACUGCGAGCUUCGUAUAGAAGACCCUCCGGAAGAUACACAUUGGAAGAUUAAUAUACUGCUGCAAACGUAUCUGUCCCGCGGACGCGUCAAUGGAUCCUCUCUGCAGUCGGAUUUGAACUACAUUUGCAAGAACGCAGUACGAAUAGUACGAGCAUUAUUUGAGAUAACAUUACGUAAAAAUAACGCGUACAUGGCGGGUCUAUAUCUCAAAAUGGCGAAGAUGUUUGAACUACAGCAAUGGGACUUUUACAACGAUAUGAGACAAUUCAACUGCUUCCCCAACGAGAUACUGCGGCACAUCGAGUACCCGAUGCUCAAACCUGAUCAGAUCAGGGAUAUGGAGUGGCAGGAACUUGGUGAUUUACUUAGAAAUCCCAAAACAGCACGGCAUAUGAAGAAAUGCGCAGAUGAAUUCCCUCUUCUGGAAAUGGAAGCUUCUUUACAUCCCAUCACCAGAACUGUACUCAGAAUACGAUUAACUAUUACACCCAAUUUUAGAUGGAACGACAAAUACCACGGCAAAGCCCCAGAAGCAUUUUGGAUAUGGGUAGAAGAUCCCGAUACCGAUAUCAUGUAUUACCACGAAUACUUCCUUAUUACUAAAAAACAGGUUAUAACGAAUGAGCCACAAGAGUUGGUAAUAACAAUUCCGAUAUCAGAGCCUCUACCGCCUCAAUAUUAUAUAAGGGCUACGUCUGAAAGAUGGCUGGGAUCAGAAAGUGUUCUACCGUUAACAUUCCAACAUCUUAUAUUACCUGAAACGCAUCCUCCACAUACAGAUUUACUAGAACUCCAACCAUUACCGGUGACAGCUCUGAAUAACCCAUCAUACGAGAUGUUGUACAACUUCAGUCAUUUCAACCCGAUACAGAGUCAGAUCUUCCACUGCUUGUACCACACCGACAACAACGUGCUGCUGGGCGCGCCCACCGGCAGCGGCAAGACGAUAGUCGCUGAAGUCGCCAUGUUCAGAGUAUUCAACCAAUAUCCUGGUUGCAAGGUGGUGUACAUCGCACCAUUAAAAGCUUUAGUCAAAGAACGAAUAAAAGAUUGGAAAGUGCGUCUAGAGAAGAGACUUGGCAAGAACGUUGUUGAAUUAACAGGUGACGUGUCUCCCGAUAUCCGAGCGAUCAGGAACUCCCACGUGAUAGUGACGACUCCCGAGAAGUGGGACGGCAUCAGCCGCUCCUGGCAGACCAGGAACUACGUGCGGGAUGUCGCCCUCAUCGUCAUUGAUGAAAUACACCUGCUGGGGGAGGACAGGGGCCCCGUACUUGAAGUUAUUGUCUCCAGAACGAAUUUCAUAGAAUCACACACAUCAAGACGUCUCCGUAUAAUCGGUCUGUCGACGGCGCUCGCCAACGCCAAGGACUUGGCCAACUGGCUCAACAUCGGCGAAAUGGGGCUAUACAACUUCAGACCGUCAGUCCGACCUGUACCUUUAGAGGUGCACAUAUCUGGCCACCCCGGGCGGCACUACUGCCCGCGCAUGCUGAGCAUGAACAAGCCCACGUUCCAGGCCAUCCGCCAGCACUCGCCCUGCUCGCCCGCGCUCGUCUUCGUCUCCAGUAGACGGCAGACCAGAUUAACAGCACUGGAUCUUAUAGCAUAUUUGGCUGCAGAAGACAACCCAAAGCAAUGGCUGCACAUGCAGGAGUCGGAGAUGGAACAGAUUCUAUCGAACAUUCGAGAGUCUAACCUCAAGCUGACGCUGGCCUUCGGUAUCGGCAUUCACCAUGCAGGACUGCACGAGAAAGAUCGCACUACGGUCGAAGAGUUGUUUGUUAAUCAGAAGAUUCAGGUUCUAAUUUGUACGGCGACGUUGGCGUGGGGCGUCAACUUCCCCGCGCAUUUGGUAGUCAUCAAGGGAACAGAGUACUUCGACGGCAAGCAGAAGAGAUACGUGGAUAUGCCCAUCACUGAUGUACUGCAAAUGAUGGGCAGAGCUGGUAGACCUCAGUACGACAACGAAGGCGUCGCUGUAGUGUUAGUCCACGACCAGAAGAAGAACUUUUACAAGAAGUUCUUGUACGAGCCGUUUCCCGUUGAGUCCAGUCUCCUCGAAGUGUUGGCUGAUCAUCUCAACGCUGAAAUUGUUGCUGGUACUGUACAAACGAAGCAAGAUAUUCUAGACUAUUUAACAUGGACGUAUUUCUUCCGUCGCUUACUGAAGAAUCCUUCGUACUACAACUUGGACAGUCUGGAGCCACAAGACGUCAAUUACUAUCUCUCCAACCUCGUACACACUCGACUUGACGCCCUACUUAAUGCUAACUGUAUUCAAAUUGAAGAGGAUGAACGCACGCUGCACAGCACUUGGAUGGGUCGUAUUGCAUCUUAUUACUAUUUAUCUCACAAGACGAUGGCUCACUUCAACGAGCACUUGCACGCCAACAUGAACACUGACGACCUGCUGCGUGUGCUGGCUGACUCUGAGGAGUUCGCCACAUUGCCAGUCAGGCAUAAUGAGGAUAUACUUAAUGGGGAGUUAGCGCAACAAUGUCGUCUGCCGGUAGACUCGUUGUCUCUGGACUCGUCGAAUGUGAAGGCAUUCCUCUUACUGCAGGCUCACCUGACGCGACUCACGCUGCCCAACACUGACUACUUGACUGACACUAAGUCUGUGCUAGAUCAAACUAUACGAAUAUUACAGGCAAUGAUAGAUACCUCAGCGGAGAACGGUUGGCUAUCGGUCUGUCUGUCGUGUCAGGUAGUGAUGCAGUGCGUGGUGCAGGCGCGCUGGCCCACUGACUCCCCGCUCACUAUUCUGCCGCACGUCGAUUCACAACAUUUGUAUAUUUUCUCACAAAUUACUCAAGAUACGAAUAAACCGUGUAUAAUGUUGAAUGGACUGAAGGUGGCUUGUAUGAGGAAUUAUGAGUUAUUAGCUAAGUAUAGCAGGAGAGAGUUUGAAGAGUAUCAAAUUGAGCAGAUACAUAAAGCAAUUUGUGACCUUCCGACCUUAGACAUAAGGUUGAAAAUCCGUGGCUUGUGGUUCGACAGCGACUGCGAGCAAGAGAAAAGGAUACAACAGUCGCCUGGGAGAGAUUCCUGGCUUCCAUUACAUGCUGAACAGGAAUACACCUUACUAAUAGAGAUGGAGCGUCGCGGCGGCAACCCUAACAACGUGUUAUGUCCUCGUUUCCCUCGCGGCAAGAACGAGGGCUGGUUCCUGACGCUGGGCGACACGGAGCGCGGCGAGCUGCUCGCGCUCAAGCGGGCCCCGCCCCGCGGCACCGCGCCCCUCGCAUUCUACACACCAUCCAUCACUGGUCGCAUCAUAUACACAUUGUAUAUCCUAAGUGACAGUUACCUAGGUCUGGACCAGCAGUACGAUCUGCAGUUCGAACUCAUGGACCCCCUGCCUCCGGAGACUGUCGAUACUGUAUAUGACCCCGGGGAGAAGAUUAUUACUGAAUAAUUUAUUACAAGAAUAAAGUUUUAUUUAUGUUAA